UGAGAUGCGACAUCGACCAUCGGAACGCCUCCUACUAUAAAACGUCAAUCGAGUCUCGUCUAUAAACACUUCCUUAUCGCAACAUGGCCGGUGUGCACCCUCUCGACCCUCUGACGCCCGACGAAACCACUGCCGUCUGUUUGGCGGUCCGUAAGCACAUCGCGACGGCCACCGACGUCAAGGCCAUCAAGUUCAUAACAUGUUACCUCCUCCCACCACCGAAGAAAGCCGUGCUCGCGUUUCUCGGCGUCCCACUCGCCCCAGGCGCGAAACCGGAGGAUCCAGUCCCGAUCACGAGAAAGGCCGAGGUUGAUAUCGUCGAUGUCGUGAACGGUCGCGCGUAUAAUGUGAUCUUGUCUCUCGAAGAAAGCGGAUGGAAGGUGCACACUUUCGAGUUGCUACACGAGGAGAUUCACCCCCAGAUCACCGUGGAAGAACUGGUGAACUGCGAGGAAGUCGUACGGAAUGACCCGCUCGUUCAGCAGCUUGCGAAGGAUGUCGGUGUCCUGCCCGAGCAGAUCUUCUGCGAGGGCUGGUCAAUUGGUUACGACGACCGCUUCCCCAACACCAGUCGUCUGCAGCAAGGGCUUCUCUUCGCUCGGUUCUCUCAGCAUGACAAUCUCUACGCGCAUCCUCUGGAUUUCAUCGCGAUCUUCGAGUCGAACUUGGAGAAGGUCUUGCACAUCGACAUCCCGGGUCACUACAAAUCGACGCCGAAUGGACCGGCUCUCUCCGUAUCCACGACAGAAGCUCCGUCUCUCAACGGCGAUAAAGUGUCCGGAAGUCAACGCGAUCGCAUCCCCCCUCCUCGCAAAGCGUUCGACUUCCUCCCGGAUCUUAUGGAAGAGACACAGAAGGGCUUCAAGCUGCGCGAGGACGUGAAGCCGCUGCACAUCAUGCAGCCCGAGGGUGUGAGCUUCAAGCUCACGGGCUCGCAGCUCGAGUGGCAGAACUGGAAGAUGCACGUUGCUUUUCAUCAUCGGGAGGGUAUUGCCCUGUCUGCGAUCACGUACAACGACCACGGGGAGCUGCGUCCGGUAGUGUAUAGGCUCUCCUUGGCAGAGAUGGUCGUGCCGUAUGGGGCGCCCGAGCAUCCCCAUGGGCGCAAGUUCGCCUUCGAUUCCGGCGAAUACGGGAUGGGUGUGAUGGCAAACGAGUUGUCUCUGGGAUGUGACUGUCUCGGCCAGAUCCAUUACUUGCCUGGGACCUUCGUCAAGCACGACGGGACACCCCAUGUCAUCAAGAACUGCAUCUGUAUCCACGAGGAAGACGCCGGCGUUCUCUGGAAGCACACAGAUUUCCGUCCCGGAGGCCGAUCGCAAACCGUUCGUCGCCGUCGUCUUGUGGUUAGCAUGGUCUGCACGCUAGCCAAUUAUGAGUACAUCUUCAACUACAUGUUCUAUCAAGACGGCACGAUCGAGCUCGAGAUCCGUCUCACGGGUAUCCUCCAAGUCUAUGUCGCGGCCGAUGGCGAGCAGAGCCCCCAUGCAACGGUCGUGGCACCGAACAUCAACGCGCACUAUCACCAGCACAUCUUCUCCGUUCGCGUUGACCCGAUGGUAGACGGACUGAAGAAUUCGGUGGUCGAGACGGACAUCAUGCCGUCUCCUCACCCCGCAGGAUCCGCUGAGAACUUCGCCGGCAACGGAUUCAUGGCUGUCGAUAGCGUGCUGAAGACCGAGACCGCGAGGAAUUACCAGCAAGGCCUGGAACGGCGCUGGCGGAUCGUGAAUCCCGCGCGGCAGCACUACAGCUCGGGCCAGGACGUGGGCUACACUCUCGCGGUCAAAGGGGCCGCGGUGCAGCUCAUGACGGCGCCCGAUGGCUGGGUCGGGAAGCGCGCCCCGUUCGCCAAGAACGCGAUCUGGGUGUGCCGCGACGUCGAAGACGAGAAAGGCAGUCGGAUGUGGCCCGCCGGGAAGUACGUCCCCCAGACGAAAGAGGCGCCCGCAGACUCAGUCGGAAGCUGGGUCAAGGGAGAGCAGUCCGUCGAGAAUGAAGAUAUCGUCGUCUACCUGACCGUCGGAGUCACUCACAUCCCGCGUCCGGAAGACUGGCCCGUAAUGCCCGUGGAGCACUUGAGCAUCGCUCUGAAACCAGUCUCGUUCUUCGAAACGAAUCCCAGUAUGGAUGUCCCAGGAAUCAAGGAUCCACACAGUGUUCCCGCGUUCGCCGCAAACGAAUCUGGUCAGAGCUCGACCACUUGCCAUUAGGGGUUCUUGCGAUGUGUAUAUUAGGUCUGCUAAAUCUGUACCAUUUAUAUACCAGGAAUAUUCAAUCGUUAGUGUGACAGCAAAACAAACCGAAGCCAUGCGAUUUCCAGGUGCUAUCGAACAUCGCAGGUCGCUUCAGUACACUCGGCCACAUGAAAGGCGUUCUAGCCAUGUUCGCUUGUCUUCUGAGUGGCCGGCAAUUCAGCCACAGGGAAUACAUCAGUCACAUUGUGGGCGUCUUCUUCAUCCAGGAAGGACCUUCCUUCAUCGAUAUCCCGUCUCAUGUGCGGCAUGCUGAGGGCCAUGACAUCGGUGUCUGUUGGCUGACAGUCGAACAUAGAGCAUGUCACGCAAUGAAGGGUUUCUGGUGGGCUUUUUUCGUCCACGAGGCAGAGAUUGGGGUUCAGCAGCGCGGUUUCGUCGAUGUUUU